AUGGACAUACCGUCGACAGCAAGGGAGCCCUCCGUGUUUCGCGCUGCUGAGCUCGCCCCCAUGACUCCGGGCGGAAGAGGCCCGUCCACCAGCCCCGCAUUUCCGCCCAAGGCCAAAUUCCGUGGCGGGAAUUCCAACUCGGCGGCGAAGAAUCACCACGCAAGCGGGAUCGAGAUCGCGGGGAAUGCGCACGCGGUCUUCACCCAGUCCCCCGCGGUUCAACCGCGCUGCUUCCCCCCGACGCUUAGCAUCCCGCCUCCCCCGCAGCUGUUCCCCCCCGGCUCCCCUUCCGCGGCUGGCGGAGCCCCGCACCUGCAGGCGCCCGGCACCCCUUGCGCGGGGAUGAUCCGCGCGCCUUCCCACCGCUUCCCCGCGUCGUCGACUGGCAACACCGCCGGUACUUACGGCAGCGGCGGGAGCGGAUGGAGCGGCGGAGGUGGCGGAGCGCAACCGGCGGAGUCAAUGAAGCGGAAGCGCCCGCGGUUCGCGGAGGAGCAGCUGGCGCAUUUGGAGGCGCAUUUCGCGGUGGAGCAGGAGCUCACUCCGGCGAGCAAGAAGCAGCUGGCGGCGCGGCUCGGCGUGAAGCCGCGGCAGGUGUGCGUGUGGUUUCAGAACCGCAAAGUGCGGCAGCGAACACGGGAGCGCGAGACGGAGCUGGAGGGUAUGCAAGCGGCGUAUACGAAGCUUCAGGCGACGUGCCGCGAGCUGCAAGACGACUACGAGCUUCUGAAAUCGGACUACCAGGAGUUGCUGCUGCAGAACACGCAGCUUUUUGACAUGAUGCAGGAAAUCGAGCAGCAGCUGGGGAACCCGCAGCUCCCACCCGCCGAUCGCCCCGUCACGUCGCGAUUCAACGACACCACCGGCGGCGGCUCUGCUCCGGGCAACCAGCCUGGCGGCUCUGCGCAGUCGGACCGCGCCGGGCAGUCAAACCAAUCCGAGGAAGAAGUGGAAAUUCCGUCUGCCCGGCUCCAGCCCCUUCAUCAUCAGCAGCAGCAGCAGCAGCGGCGGCAGGAGCGGCAGCACCUAGCGGCUGCGGCGGCGCCAGCGGGGGAGGCGGAGGAGGAAGAGGAGGACGAGGAGGACGAGGAGGACGAGGAGGAGGAGGAAGAGAAUGUGGAAGAAUUUGCGCCGUGUGCUUCUAACCUUGGGAACAAGGAGACCUGCUUCCCAACCCAAAGCAACUCGCCUGAUUCGUCCUUGGAUGAGAUCGGCGGCGCGCCAUUCGCGCUCCCCCCUCCCGCCUUCCCCAUUGGCGUUGCGUCGUCAUCCCCGGCCGUGCCCCAGCCUCCCCCCCCGCCGCUCUUUGAGCCCCUCGGAGCUUUCGCCAGCGCUGGUAACCGCGUCGCGAAUAUGAACGAAUUCGCCAUCGCAGAGGGGGAAUCUGAGCGAUUCGUCGCUUCCGCCAACCAGCAGGAGGGUCCCGAUCUCUACGACCUCUAUUCCCACGCUCCCGCUAACGGCGGCGGCGGCGCCGGAUUUCUGGACGGCUGGAUGGACGGCGACGCGACCGCGAUGCAGCAAUCUGCUGGCUUACCGUUCGGCCUGACGGCAAAGGCUCCGGCGGAGGCGGGGGCGGAGGCGGAGGAUGGGGAGAGCGAUUCCGAGGCUGUGAAGAGAACAGCAGUGCAUGGCGGGAAGAAUGCUGCGUUUGCUCCUCCGAUCGGCGAGCUCGUCGAGAAUGGUGUGUAUGUAGGGGCUGCUCUUGACGGCCUCUCCUCGUGGAAUGAUGGGCUGCCUCAGCCGUGUAUGGAAGGCGCGGGAGAGGCGGAACGGCGAUGCUCGGGUGGGGAAUUUGUGGGCUCAAGGGAGAAUAUGAGCGGAAGCAUGAGGGGGAAUCAGGAGCCGUUCGAUCUCCUGGGAAGCAUGGAAGGCGCGAUGGGAGGGAUGGGGUGUGCCGAGGAUGGCGACGUGGGCGCUGGUGUUGCUGCUGCGGACGACAUGGCUAGCAUGUGCGGGUUUGACAUGCACGCUUACGCGGCUUUCUGA